UCCGGUUCUCUCCGCUUCUCGUGGACUUCUCCUCCUCCUCCUCCUCCUCCUCCUCCUUCACCUCCAAGGGCGACGGCGGCGGUGAUGGUGAAGUUUUAUCCUUGAAUCGGCGCCAGAUGCAGUGGCCAAUACCCUCCAGCAAGUGCUUGUGAUCGUAUCUCCAUUUGUUUCAACAGACACAGCUGAGCUCUGGAUUGGUUUUCUGGAUCUCUGAGAAUGAAGACAAGGAGGCUGUUUGGGUUUUCAAUUUCCUUUAUUCUCAUAAAUAUGGCUGCCAUAAUGGAGCGUGCCGAUGAGAACCUUCUUCCAUCUGUUUACAAAGAAGUUAGCGAAGCCUUCAGUGCUGGCCCUACUGAGCUUGGUUAUCUCACAUUCAUAAUGAACUUUGUGCAGGCACUGUCAUCUCCUUUGGCAGGUGUUCUAAUACUGCACUAUGAUCGUCCAACAGUCCUCGCAAUUGGUACAGCAUGCUGGGCAUUAUCGACGGCAGCAGUAGGAGCAAGCCAGCAAUUUUAUCAAGUUGCAUGCUGGAGAGCAGUAAAUGGUUUAGGACUGGCCAUUGUGAUCCCAGCAUUACAAUCUUUUAUUGCCGAUAGUUAUUCUGAUGAUGUCCGAGGCAGAGGAUUUGGUUUGUUGAGCCUUGUAGGUUCUGUUGGAGGGAUAGGUGGUGGUGCGCUAGCAACUAUCAUGGCAGGCCAAGAAUAUUGGGGCAUCCCAGGUUGGCGCUGUGCGUUCAUCUUGAUGGCAUUGUUGAGUUUGUUGAUUGGAGUUCUUGUUCACUUAUUUGUUGUUGAUCCUGGCAGAAGCUCUCUUGUUAUUCCGACCAUCAUUGAUGAGAACUCUGAAAGGGCUGAAUUGGUUGGGAAAGGCAAUGCUAACUCACAUUCUGUUUGGAGGGAGUCCUGGGCAGCAACAAGAGCUGUAAUAAAAGUGCGGACAUUCCAGAUCAUUGUCUUGCAGGGAAUUGUUGGUUCUUUGCCUUGGAGAGCCAUGGUGUUCUUCACAAUGUGGUUUGAAUUGAUAGGUUUUGAUAACAAUAGUGCAGCUGGAUUGAUCAGCAUUUUCGCAAUCGGAUGCGCUAUGGGUUCAUUCAUCGGAGGAUUGAUUGCAGACCGGGUCUCUCGCAUCUACCCGGACACCGGGCGUGUAAUGUGUGCACAAUUCAGUGCAUUCAUGGGCAUUCCAUUCUCAUGGCUUCUCCUCAAUAUCAUUCCUCAGUCAGUGAGUAAUUGGAGUUCCUUUGCUGUAACUCUCUUCCUUAUGGGACUCACAAUCAGCUGGUGUGCUACCUGUGCAAACAAUCCGAUGUUCGCCGAGGUUGUCCCAUUGAAACAUCGUACUAUGAUUUACGCAUUUGAUCGUGCAUUCGAAGGUUCAUUCUCAUCCUUCGCUGCUCCGGCGGUCGGAAUUUUGACAGAGAAGAUUUAUGGUUAUGACUCAAGGCCUGUGAAUUCAAUUUCUGGAUCUUCUCAUCAGGCAUUUGCAUUAUCAAGAGGACUUCUUUCCAUGAUGAUAGUUCCUUUUGGUUUGUGCUCCUUGUUUUACAGCCCUUUGCAUGUGAUAUUUAAAAGAGACAGGGACAAUGCUAGAGCAGCUAGUUUGAAAGAGCAGGAACUAACAUGAAAUUGAGAGGUUUGUGGAAACAUUACUGGCCUCAAUUGGCUAGCUUUUCAUGUUUCUUUGUAUCAUUGGUUAAGACUUAUGAAACCACACUAAUUUCUUACUCAUGUUUUUAUCCACAGUGGAUUUGUAAUGGAUUUUUUUAAGAAUAAAAUUAAUUCUCACAUUAUUGUA